UCUCACAGUCAGUCACAAGAAAAGAGGCGUAAAAACACAACGUCUCAUCAUUCUCUAUCUCUCUCUCCAAUGGACUCUGUCGCACUGUUCUGCACCGGCGCUCUCAUCGCCGGCGGUCUUUACUGGUUCGUCUGCCUCCUUGGCCCGGCGGAGCAAAAGGGCAAACGCGCCGUCGAUCUCUCCGGCGGCUCCAUAUCCUCCGAGAAGGUCCGCGACAACUACAACAACUACUGGUCUUUCUUCCGCCGACCAAAGGAGAUCGAGACCACCGACAAGGUCCCUGACUUUGUCGACACGUUCUACAACCUCGUCACCGACAUCUACGAGUGGGGAUGGGGACAGUCCUUCCACUUCUCCCCCUCCAUCCCGGGAAAGUCCCACCGCGACGCUACGCGUCUCCACGAGGAGAUGGCCGUAGAUCUGAUCGAUGUCAAGUCAGGAGACAAGAUUCUCGACGUGGGUUGCGGCGUCGGAGGCCCGAUGCGGGCCAUCGCGGCUCACUCUCGGGCUAAGGUUGUCGGGAUCACGAUCAACGAGUACCAGGUGAACAGGGCUCGUCUCCACAACAAGAAGGCCGGUCUCGACGACCUCUGCGAGGUUGUCUGCGGGAACUUCCUCCAGAUGCCGUUUCCCGACAACAGCUUCGACGGCGCCUACUCGAUCGAGGCCACUUGCCACGCUCCGAGCCUCGAGGAGGUCUACGCCGAGAUCUUCAGGGUCUUAAAGCCUGGCUCGAUGUACGUAUCGUACGAGUGGGUGACGACGGACAAGUUCGUGUCGGAAAAUCCGGAGCACGUGGAGGUGAUACAAGGGAUCGAGAGGGGAGAUGCCUUGCCUGGUCUGAGGAGCUUCUCCGACAUCGCCGCCACAGCGAGGAAAGUGGGUUUCGAGAUUGUGAAGGAGAACGAUCUGGCGGCGCCGCCGGCGAAGCCGUGGUGGACAAGGCUUAAGAUGGGUCGAAUCGCGUACUGGAGAAACCACAUUGUCGUGAAGAUCCUGUCCGCCAUCGGAGUAGCUCCGAAAGGAACCGUCGAUGUUCACGAGAUGCUCUUCAAGACCGCUGAUUAUUUGACCAGAGGAGGCGAAACCGGCAUCUUCUCGCCGAUGCAUAUGAUCCUCUGCAGAAAACCGGAGAUUCCGGCGACUCCGCCGACGGCGGCGAGUUCUUGAAAAAGGUAAAACAAAACCGCCGCCGGGAGAAUCUUCUUCGGUUUCGGCCCCUUCUUUUUUCUUAAUUUCCGUUUUUGCCCCUUAAGUUUUUCCUUUUAUCUUUUUAGUUAAUUCUGGAAUUAAUCGUCGUGAUCAGUGUACUCUUUUUUUUUCCUGGUUUCUAUUAUUAAUCCGUUUUUAAUUUAAUUUGAUUUUCGUUAAUUGUGGUGGGCCUUUGCUGUUAUUCGAGAUUAAUUUAAACGGAAAUUAAAUUCAUCUUUUA